GCAGCAGAGGGUGAGACUGAUUUCCAGCCCAGCAUUGCAUCCCAUCUCAGCAGAAUCCACGGCACAGUCCGACAGCCCAGCUGUGUCAGAGAGCAGUGUGUGCUGUGUCUUCCUAAAGGAGAAACAAGCCAAGGACUAUGAGGACUUUUCUACAAAGAGCAGGGAACGGUUGGUACAACACCAGAAACGGGCAGAGGAGGCUCCGGGCUCGGAGCAGUCACUCGGUGCACAAACUCCUGAUGUUUCUGAAGCAGUGGACAAAAAAAUGACCACUGGUCAAAACACAACCUUGCUCUUGAUGGUUAAGGAUCACAAAAACACAGAGUUUAAUGCUCAAGAUCAUGUUUUCUUACAUCUGGAACAUGCAAAUUCAGCUAGAAUAGAUGAGGCUAUAUCUGUACCCAUUCCAGGAGGAGGCAAAAAAUACGCAUUUCCGGAAUCUAUGCUGGAGAAAGAGGCAUUUAUUUCAAGCCCAAAGCUAGAUCAUAAGAACAAUGAAGAUAYUAAUCCGUGUGAAGGGAAGUUUCCCGUGAAAGGCUUGGGGAUGCUUUCUACAUUGUGUAACUUAUGCCUGGUUCAGGCAGAAAAUACUCUUCAAGAAACAGGUGACAGCACAUCACCCAUGGAGGAAGGUCUGCAGGAUGAUUCUCUGACAGUGGAGAAGGUCCACAGGAGGCAGAUGAGUCAUGAAGCUCGAGAAGAGCAGGACUUCAGUCCAUUUCAGGUUGGAAGAGGCMAGAAGCCCAACUUGUCUCUGGCAGGUGGGAGUGCCAAGUCGGACUCUUCCCUUGCAGAUUUUCAGAAAGUGUCUGCAAUAUGGAUUGACAUCUCAGAAAGCUCCAUUUCAGAUUCCGAAUUAGAGGUGAAGAAUGGAGAGGAYACAGAUAUCAGUAUCCCAGAAGAGUUUGCCUAUGAUAAUGCUGCGGUGUUCCCUGACACUGAAACACACACCCUAAUAGCAAUAAGUGCCAGAAAAGAGGUGCUACCGGAUCUCUACACAGCAGAAUUCCAGUUCUACAACCAGUAG